AUGGCCUUACAAGGGGUCGAGCAGACGAUUCUUCGGGAUCCAGCUUUAUUUUAUUGGAUCCUGUUCCCGAUUACCAUUGUUAUGAUACUCACAGGUAUCCUUCGUCACUAUGCUACCGUUUUGAUGAACACUCCCCCUAAGCCCGCGUCCACUCUGGCCGAAUCCCGCGAGCGUCUCUCACUCCUGCGCGGUGUCAAUCUCCGCAACAAUGCCCCAGCAGUUCUCUCGAAAGAUGCAUUUGAAAUGCGCAAGAACUAUCUGGUCUCUGCGUACCAAAGUGGCGAGUUCCUAAAGGACCCGGCCAGCCGCGGUCAGCCCCCAGCAAAUCCGAUGACGGACUGCGGGCAUGGAAGCUAUGAUGGCUGGAUUAAUGCCUUCUUUUCUGGCUUCGUUAUCCUCAAACUGCCGUUCCCCCUCACCAUCCGGUUCAAGUCUAUGCUUCAGUCUGGUGUUAUGACUCGGGACUUGGACGUUAGGUGGGUAUCCAGUCUGUCAUGGUACUUCCUGAACUUGUUUGGGCUUCAGUCUGUAUUUGGAUUCAUUCUGGGUAGCGACAAUGCUGCGAACCACAUGUCACAACAAAUGGCUACUAUGAACCCUGCGAUGGGGGCCAAUCCAUUCCAGCCUGGUCAAGAUCCCGAUAAAUUGUAUCGAAGUGAAGCAGAGAACUUGGAAGUCAUGGAGCAUUUUUGCAUCCUAGAUGGCAUUGAGGACAGAAUACUGCACAACAUUGCUUCAAAGGAGGGCCUCAUUUGA